GUUGUGGAAUUUUUUCAAUGGCUGAAGAAACACAAGAGCUUCACUUCCUCCUCUUUCCGUUAAUGUCACACAGCCAUAUCAUUCCCUUCAUUGACUUCGCCAUGCUCCUGGCGCAGCGCGGCAUCAUCGUCUCCAUCAUCACCACACCUCUCAAUUUCACCAGAUACCAACCGGCAAUCCGCGACGCCGUGGAGGCCGGCCUCAAACUCCGAAUGAUUCCGUUGGAGUUUCGCGCGGAAGAAGCCGGGCUGCCUCAAGGCUGCGAGAACUUGGAUUCAGUAGGUUCCAUGGAUGGAAUUCUGAAAUUCUUGUGUGCAUGCGAGAUGCUGGCAGCUCCACUGCAGAAACUGAUGCCCGACUUGCAUCCAAAGCCCAGCUGCAUAGUUGCCUCCGUGGUUUUCCCUUGGACCGACAGAUUCAACAUUCCGAUGUACAUCUUCAACCCCAAUUCAUGCUUCUCUCUCUUCUGCUGCCUCCUUAUAUCUCCAGGAUUGCCGGCACCGCCGGACUCAGAGCCCUUCGUGGUGCCGGAUAUACCGCACAAGAUCGAGUUCAGUGCAGCGCAGUUUUCGAUGAUUAUGAAUUUAAAAAAGCCCGGUCGCAGCUCUGCGCGUGGAACUGUGGCGAAUUGCUUCGAGGAGAUGGAGGGCGGAUACGUCGACCGUUAUGCAAAGGUAGCAGGAAGCACAGUUUGGUGCAUCGGACCAGUUUCCCUCUGUAACAAGAAAAGUAAGGAUGAAUACAACUACAUUUCGUGGCUCGAUUCCAAAAAGGAAGGAUCGGUGAUGUACGUGUGUUUUGGCAGCCUGAGCCGAAUCUCAGCUGAGCAGAUCAAAGAGAUUGGAUUAGGGUUGGAGGCGUCGGGGUUCCCUUUCGUUUGGAUCGUACGAGAUGAUUCACAAGUGGAAGUGGAGGAAUGGUUGGGUGAUAUUGAAGAGAGAGUUGGAGAUAGAGGCCUUAUAAUCCGCGGUUGGGCGCCGCAAGUCCUCCUCUUGUCCCAUCCCUCGGUCGGGGGAUUCUUGACGCACUGUGGAUGGAACUCGACUCUCGAGGGAGUGAGCGCAGGCGUGCCCAUGAUCACCUGGCCCAUGUUCUUCGAGCAGUUUGUUAACGAGAAACUCGUGGUGAACGUGCUCAAGGUCGGAGUCGAGAUCGGAGCUGAGCCGCCUCGAGAGGACCAGACGAGAGAACUGGUGAAGUGGGAUCGAGUGAAGGAAGCCAUUGAGAAGCUGAUGGAUGGAGACGAGCAAGGAAGAGAGAGAAGAACAAGAUCCAAGAAGUUGGCGGAAAUGGCGGCUCAAGCAUUGGAACCACAUGGCUCUUCUUACAAGAAUAUCUCAUUGUUCAUUCAAGAUGUCAUCUCUACAAAAGUAUCGCCGAAACCACACUGACGAAAUGACCGACGGGAUUAAUAUGAGGGAUGCUUCAUCUUGAUUUAGGUGAGUAUAAAUUCUAUCAUGAAUUUCCAUUGUUUAAUUUGACUUAACUGCUAUAAAAGCGGUUCCGAUAGAAUCCCAUAUAUUGUGUGUGAAUUAUUGGUUUGUGUGUGAAUUCAAUUAUUCAAAUGCAUUGUAAUUUUUUCUAAUGAAUACACCUACACUCCCCUAAAA